UGAGACACGUGAUAAAGAAAAACUCUGCUUAUUGGUUAUAUUUUGGGUGUGAAUAGUUAUUGUUUCUAUCUCAUAUAUGAUUUUUCACACAACAACAGUAAUCAUUUUUGUUCAACUGUUCAUUGGAGGAGUUAAACACAGACAGUAUGGCUUUCAAAAUUUUGACUUUAAUUUUAUUGCUUUUUGCUAUCAAAUACGUUUUCACUGAAGGUAAUCUUUACGUCAUACACAACGUUAACGACAUCAAAAAAGGAAAAGUUACAAAUCAUUAUAAAGAAUUCACAAGAACAACUUGCUUGUUAAAAUGUCGUAAUGACCAAGCUUGUGACACGGCAUAUUUCAAAGCAGAACAGGAUAAUAACUCAUUUGGAGAGUGUUGGUUUGUUAAAGAAGGAGGUGAGGAUGAGUUGAAGUUACCAAAAAUAUCAGAUGGAGAAAAAGUGGAAUGGUUUAAGAAUGUAUCUUCUUGUGGGACUAAGAAGAAAAACACGUGCUCUAAGGCCGACGGUUGGAAGUUACAAGCUUCCAAUGUUUGUUUUGGUGCAAAGGAUAGUAGCUAUGGAAAUUUUACAUUGAAGCAUUCUGGCAUCAUCACGAAGGUGAAACUUAACCAUACGGGUGAAGAACCUACAUUGACUUGCAACAACGUAACUGGUAGCGUUGGCUCUCGAUGGGGCUGUAAUCCUUAUUCGGGGAUUUGGACCGCAAUCACUGACAAAGACAAUACAAUCAUAAUUCCAAAAAAUCCAGACCAGUUUUCUCGGUACUCUCUUGCUGGAUAUCAUCCAAACUCAUCAUACCUUCAAUUUGAUAAUCUGAACAUACGAGCAAGAUAUGGAGAUGAGUUAAGGAUCUGGUACAUUCCAGAUUUAAAAAAUAGAAGUGAGCAUGAUAACGGAGGAAGAUCAUGUACAGACGUUCAUGCUAUGUUUUGCGAUUAACUUAAAUUUAUUUAAAGAAUAAAUGAAUUCCCGUCAUUCUAAAUCUUGUGUUUAAAUUUUGUUUGUUGUAAAUUCGGAAAUUUAGCUAUGUUUUCUGAAGUUUAACGUACAAACAUAAAAAAGAGAGAACAGACACUCACAACGAGGUUACGUUCAUACAAAAA